AAUCAUCUUUUUACAAUAGUGCAGCCUACUACUCAAUUAUAAAAUAAAAUUCACUACAGACUGUCAUCGCAGCGUCGUGAAUUUGUAGCUGGGCAGAAUGAAUUUGCGCUGGUCUGAUCUGGGUUCAGCGAUGGUGUGGGGUGCUGCUGUCCUCAUGCUGAGCCUGGUGGUGGAUGUGGAAGGGGGCGGGACUUAUGUGGCGGCGGUGUACGAACACCACCCGGUUCUGAACCCGCAGCCCAAGGUUCCGCUCAGCCGCAGGGAAGCUCUGGAGCACAUGAAGCAGAACCUGGAUGUGUUUGAGGAGCAGACUGCUGCUGCAGCCAAACAGGCUGAUCUCAGAAUUCUCUGCUUGCGCUGCCAUGAUGAACUUCCAGAAGACUAAUAAUGGGGCUCAGAUCAUUGUGUUUCCAGAAGACGGUAUCCAUGGCUUUAACUUCAGCAGGAAGUCCAUCUAUGGAUACUUGGAAAUGGUGCCAGACCCCACUGUUGUGAGCUGGAACCCCUGUUCUGACCCCACCCUCUUCCCCAACACUGAGGUUCAGCAUCGUCUCAGCUGUAUGGCCAAGAACCACAGCCUGUACCUGGUGGCCAACAUGCCAGGGCUUGAGGAGUGUGACCCCCAUGCCCUGCCCUGCCCCCCGGACGGGCGCUACCAGUUUAACACAGACGUGGUGUUCAGUGCCAGCGGCGCGCUGGUGGCCCGGUACCGCAAACGGAACCUGUACUUUGAGUUUGAGUUUGACACGCCGAGCGACCCCCAGCUCAUCACCUUCGACACGCCCUUCGCCGGCCGCUUCGGCCUGUUCACCUGCUUCGACAUCCUGUUCUACGGCCCGGCCGUGCAGCUGGUGGAGCAGCUGGGCGUGAGGCAGCUGCUGUUCCCCACGGCCUGGAUGAACCAGCUGCCCCUGCUGGACUCCGUGCAGUUCCACCGCUCCUUCUCCUACGCCACCGCCACCACCCUGCUGUCCGCUAACCUGCGCCUGGACGCAGCGGGAAUGACCGGCAGCGGCAUCUUCACCCCCUGGGAGGCGCUAUAUCACCACGCGGGGGCGGAGCCUGAGGCCGGCCGGCUGCUGGUGAAGGAGGUACCCGUGCUGGACUCCCUCAGGCCAGACCUUCAACCCCACCCCCUCCCCCCCCCAUUCUCAGGGUACCAGGAGCCCCAGUACUGCCUGCAGGGGGGCGGGGAGUGCCAGGGGACCGGCCCUGAGGAGUGGGGUCCCCCUGUGGAGCCAGCUGCCCCUGGCACCCCCUUCAAGUCAGAGAUGAUGAACGACAAUUACAGGAUGGUGCUCGUCGAGGGCCGGGAGGGAAACCUGACUGUGUGCGAUGAGGGCCUGUGCUGCCACCUGCUGUUCCGCCGGCGCACUGCGCCCCACGAGCUGUAUGCCCUGGCGGCCUUCGACGGGCGGCACUCGAAGAACGGACUGCUGUACCUGCAGGUGUGUGCGCUGGUGAGGUGCAGUGGGCCGGGGCGGGAGAGCUGUGGGGCUCCGGUCCUCCAGGCCAGCACGCUGCUGGACUUCCGGCUGCUGGGCGCGUUCCGCACGCCCCACGUGUUCCCGAGCCUGCUGGCCAGCGGGGUGCGGCUGGACCGGCCGGACCGCUCCGGGCACGAGGCGCGCGGCUUCUACAUGAGCCGGCGGGGCAUGGAGCACGGCCUGCUGACCGCCGCGCUGUACGGCCGAGUGUACGCCCGUGACCACGGCAACCUCACCGAGACCCCCACCAACGUCACUGAGACCACGGCAACCUCACCGAGACCACGGCAACCUCACCAAGACCACGGCAACCUCACCGAGACCCCGCCAACCUCACCGUGACCACGGCAACGUCACUGUGACCCCGCCCAUGACCACGCCCCACAUGUCACCGAGACACACACAGUCCUCCGGUGUUAAUGAAAGAAAGAUUUCAAUAAAGAUUGUCAAUAGACUUAAAA